GGUUUUGUUCCUCUGAAGAUUUAAUCUCCAAACCCCAGCCUAGCCCUGCAGCCUCUUAAUGCUGUAGUGGGUUGCAGUGUUAGUAGUAUUCAAGCUAGUUUUUUUUCUUCCAUUUCUAGGAUACUGGUAGACUGUUUAGGAAACAAGUGCUGGUGUGUUAAACAGCCGCCAGGCCUGAUUCAUGGAAAAGCUCUUGAUGUGUGAUCCUCGUUUUUUCCACGUUGCACUGGGGUUACUAAAACAUCUUGGGCUGGAACGCUGUAGAAACCAGUUUAAAAAAAAAAGCCAAGCUGAGUUUUGGGGUGGUGUUUUUUUGUCGCCUCUGGAUGUAUAGAUUUUAUUGUAAUUUGAGAGCGUUUUAAUUUUUUUAACGGGUUCCUUUUUACUUGAAAGUUAAUGGUGGUUGAGCUUGCUGGCGUUUGUGCGUGUGUAAUACCUCCUGCAUUCGUCGAGCAUCUUGGUGGGUGUUUUUGCAGAGUCGCGCACGGGGCCGGGCCUUGUUUUGCUGUGCUGUAGCAGGCCUGAAGACUGACCUACAUAGCUGUGGCGAGCGUAGGCUGUCUCCUUACUGGCCGUUUCUGGCGGGUCACUUGUCUGCAAUCCUGCAGCUAAUUUGUAACGGCUAACUGGGUCCUGGUUCUAAUUAAUCCUGAAAGUCAGACCCUUAGAAAACGAAGUGAAGUUAGUGAGUUGGCUUCUGGUAACGGGAGGUGUUUGCAAGGCUGUUUUACAGCCCUGUGGAGUUCAGUGCCUUAGUAAAGCAGUAUUCUGAAGGAUGUUUUUUUUUUAAAAGAAGCUUUUUUAGGGGGGCACUCAUUGACUUGCAUUUUUUUUUUUUGUCGUGGAGUAUUUUGUGAGAUGCCGGGUCUCUCGGUCUAACAGUAGAAAAGGCCUGAAUGGUGAUAACGGCAUUCCGGGGCUGGCUGGAGAAGGACAGCUCCAGAGGAAUUCCCCCCCGUCUCUGGCAGCCAUUGUUUUUCAGAAUGCAUUCCUUUGUGUUAUGAGAGAUGAUGGCAGCAUUUUGGCACCUCCUAUAACUUGAUGGAUUGUUCCCUCUAGAACCGCAUGCACUUGAAACUUUUCCUGCCCUAAUUAUGUGUUCCUGCCAUAAAUUUAAUACUUUUGACAUAGGAUAGACUAUACUGACCCUGCAGAGUUUUUAUUGCAGAUUGCGAGUCCUUCAGAAAAGUGCCUCUGAUGAGGUUCAUAAUAAAAUCCAUGAGACUUUGCUUUUUUGUUCCCAUGGUCCUGUGGCCUUGCUUGAAAAUAGUGUCUGACUCGGUUAAUUAAAAUACACAGACAUGUGGUAGGAAAGGCUUUUUGCAAAUGGAGUUUUCACUCUGUAAAAUAAAAGGCAAAUCGAUUCUAGGAGGAAGAGGCAGACCGAUACAUUUUUAACUUUUGAAGGAUUAUAGAGAUGCACAGUUAAAGACGUUCCGGGCAGAGAGGCAUUGCUGACCUGCAGUUCCAGCGUGUCUAAUGGGAAUAUUAAGAAAGUGAGCUUGCAGCACGGCAGCAGGAUUUCAGCAAUGGUCGGUACAGUGUAGUGAUCCACCUUACGAGGCAGCUCCAAUGCUUGUUGGUGUGAGCGGCGACAAAGGGACGACUACAAUGGUAACACUAAUAACUGAGAAGCUGCAGAACCAGAGCUUGAACGAUCUUCCAUGUAAGGCAUACAGCAUUAAUCUGCACUCCUCUGAAAAGCUGAACCAAAGUGGCAGCCUGUUUCCUUACGAAAUCCAUGAAGAGAGCCCAUGGAGAGUGAUAAGCAGGGCCUGCCCUAUCCGAACAGAAGCGACCAAGAAUGCACCUUUCUAUUUCCCUUUGUGCCCCUUCAGCCGCGGUGCCCCUGACAGUGUUGGACUGCAGUGGCAGCGGGACGUCACAGGCCUGCGAACCAGUGGCAGCUCCUCGGGGGGCAGCAGGCCCGGCAGCGGCUGUGGCAUCAGCCCCUCCGUGCUGCCAGGCUGGAUCAGCGAACUGAACCUGAACGAGAACUGUGGGCCGCCGCUGGCGCCGCCCACCAAGCGCCACUGUCGCUCCCUGUCCGAGCCGGAUGAGCUGGCCCGCUGCAGAUCGCCGUGGAAGCCGGGCAGCGGCUCCAAAGUUUGGACUCCCGUCUCCAAGAGGCGCUGCAACAGCGGGGGCAGCGCCACCCUGCAGCGCUGCAACAGCCACGGCGGCGCCACCCUGCCGCGCAGCCCCAGCGUCAGCCUGCCCCAGCCUUCCUUGUCCACUUCGUCCUCCUCCUCCUCCUCCGCUGGCGGCAGCAGCAAGCAGCACGUCCUGUCCCUGAACAACAGCGCCUUCAGCGUCGCCAGCAGCGGCAGCUUCAGCACCUCGCCCGUGCCCCGGCCCUCCUCCGCCAGCAGCGGCUUUGUGGACAGCAGCGAGGGCAGCACGGCCUCCUCGGGCGUCCCCUGGCACUCGGGCGGGCCUUACGACUACCACCCGCGGCGGCGCCUCUCGCUCUCGCAGGAGCACAUCACCGACGCCGGGACCCUCCUGCCUUCGGCCAGCAGCACGCCCACCUCCACCCCGGAGCUGAGCCGCCGGCAGGGCCUCCUGCGCUGCCGCUCCCAGCCCUGCGUGCUGCACGAGCGGAAGAGCGGUCUGAAGCGCCGGCGCGAGGAGGACGUGCGAUGGAGCCGGCCCUCGCUGGAUUUCCUCAAGAUGACUCGGACUUUAAAAAACUCCAAAAGCCUUUGCUCGUUGGACUACGAGGAGGAUGAUGACCCUCACAUGAAGACCAUUGUCUCGUCGCCCUGCGACUCGAGCGACCACCUCAUGAACGUCAUCACCCCUGGCUCCAGCCCCAUGAAGGAGGGCCUGUGUCGGCUCCACAGGCUUGCUUCAUGCCACAGCACUGCCUGCCACAUCCGGGCCUUCAGCAGCACAGCGGCUGUGAGCGAGAGCGAUGAGGACACCAGCGAUUGUGAGAGCAACGAAGGGGGCGUUUUUCCUCUGGACUGCGUAGACUUGGAUCUAGAACAGAUUGAGAACAAUUGAUCGGCCAGGACAUGAGUUCUGGAACCUGUCCUUUUUAUAAAAGUUUCUUUGUGGUAGAGGACUACUAUUUUUUUUGUGUUGCGUUAAAAUCCCUGAAAAAACAUACAAACAGAUUCUCACACCCUUCCCUAACCUCCCUCAAAAACAAAGCAAAAUUGAAAUAAAUUUUGUAUUUGGCUGUUUUCUGGCCUGUUUUAGAAGGUGACAGUUGUACAGGAGAAUUCUGGUAGUCACCAGUAACUUUGUCAUUCAGUGAAUGCACAAUGAAGAUAGAGGAAAAUAUUUUGGUUUAAAAAAUGUUUAAGAUGACAAAUCUACUUAGAUUACACUUUGUGUAUUAUGUCUUAGCUAAGGAAAAGAAAAAGGCUUGUUAUAUAAAAUAGAUUUUAAAAGGGCAUUCUAUUAAAGUACAAAACUUUUGUCUAACAUGGUGUCAGCGUGGGUAUAAAAGCUGCUUGUCUGGAAAGUCAGUGUUCUAUAUAAAGGAAAAAAAAAAUCAAAGAAUUUGGUUAAUUUGCCAGAUAGUGAUAGAAUUUUAAUCUUCUCAACUGGUUAUUUAAUUGGCCAAGAGGUGUUUCAAUCUGCGUAAUAACUACCUGUUUAUCAUUUGGGUGGUUGUAAAACUUACUAUUUAGAAAGCUUAAGUUAAAGGUGCAGUAGCCUCUUUCAAAAAAAUUAAGCAGUGCUCAUAAAGUGCUUCCUGUACACAAUUUCCAGGAGAUUUUUAACAGUUACCUCUUUUCUUUGUGUGUGGAUAGCCAACUGUUUUUGGAACUGGUAGCUUCCCACCAUUUUUUUUAGUUGUGGUUCCCAGUUUUUUGGAAGGUGACAAGUUCUGUUGCUGCUAGUUGUUUGUGGUGUGAUAUCCAUGUUUCCCUUGAACUCUGCUUCAUAGUCCCCAUUCUGAAGCUGCCAAGGGGGUUGUCCACACUUUAAGUGCCUUUGAGGCUAUCAUAAUGUUACUUGUAUAUUAACAUCUGACCAGAUCGCCCUCUGGUCUUCAUCCAAAUCAGGUCUUUGAAACCAGUGUCUUGUAAAUGCUACCAAUUUUUCAAAAGAGGAUGUUGCACCUUUUGCUAAGUAAGCAGAACUUGCUUGUCUCAUCAGCUGCAUCACUGUUUUUUCUUUGAACUUCACACCGUACAAUAAAUGGAUUUGGGUCAUAGUUAUGGCCCACCUGUCUGGUGUUUCUUGCCAUAAUGAUAACACAGUGGUUCAGAACUCCAUGAAUACCUGAGCUGUAGAAAGGGACUGUAAAAGAAUUUCCCAGGGAUUUAAUCACAUCAGCAGCACCUGAGGGAAAAUGAGUCCUCGGAAUAAAUAAAACUGGUCUUUGCUUUGCAA